AUGAAAAGUGUUUGUUUAGUUACAGGAGUGAUCAAUAUCUGUGUGGGUGUGUCCAGUAUUGGUGUGGGCGUGUCCAGUAUUGUUAUGGGUGUGUCCAGUAUUGGUGUGGGUGUGACCAGUAUUGGUGUGGGUGUGACCAGUUUUUGUGUGGGUGUGAUUAGUAUUGGUGUGGGUGUGACCAGUAUUGAUAUUGAUAUGGGUGUGACCAGUAUUGAUAUUGUUAUGGGUGUGUCCAGUAUUGGUGUGGGUAUGACCAGUAUUGGUGUGGGUGUGACCAGUAUUGGUGUGGGUGUGACCAGUUUUGAUGUGGGUGUGACCACUUUCGUUGUGAGUGUGCGGAGGAAAAAGAAACAUUGUCUGAUGAGCUGUAGGUAA